GCCUUUCUUCAAUGAUACGAGAGUCAAAGCUCGCUCGAGCUGCCAACUGAGUGCCAUUUCAGGUUUUGCUGGUGCUACCACAGCAUGGUGACCUCGCCGUCGCGCCCGCUCGGCGUCUCGCUGCGCUACUUCCACCACCUCAUCGAGGCCUGCGGCGGUCGCAAGAAGCUCAACGGUCUCACCACGGCCCAAGUCUGCUUCGACUAUAUUGUGCCAUUGACCAAGUCGACCGAGCUCUCGCUCGUCGACCAUCUUGCCAGUGAUGCGUCCAUGCGCCACUUUGUGUCCGAGGCCAACUGGUAUGUCUCGCACGCCUGGCAGUACCUCUUCUUGGAGACCGUCGACAGCCUCGACACCUUCUUCACCGACCAAGGCUUGGCAGACGACGCCGUCCUUUGGUUUUGCGUCUUCAACAACAACCAACACCUCGCGCAUUCGUACCCGUUCGAGUACUGGUCGUCGACGUUCAAGACGCAGCUCGCAGCCAUCGGCAACGUCGUCAUGAUCAUGCACCCGUGGAACGACCCGGUCGUCUUGCGUCGGAGCUGGUGCGUCUUUGAGGUCUACGUCGCUGUGACCAUGAAGGCGCGGUUCGAGAUGGCCAUGGCACCCGGUCAACUGGGGCUCCUCGUUCACGAUAUGCUUCGUCCCGCUGCUCUUGAGGAUAUGUUGGGGACGAUCAAGAGCGAGGCGUCCGAGACCACCGUGCCAAGUGAUCGCGACGGCAUCUUUGAGCUCAUUCGCGCCGAGACGUCGUUCACGGCCGUCGAUCGGCUCAUCUUUUCGACUAUUUCGGACUGGAUGGAGCGGACGCUGACGGCGCAGAUCGCAUCGGGUCUCUUGCCACUAGACGAAGCCUACCGGUAUCUGUGUCUGGCCACCAUUCACGGGACACGAAGCUCCAGUGCGGAUGUCUUUAUAGCUGCAAGUCGUGCCCGCACCCUCUUUGCGUCGCUUGACAUCCAAGUGACCGACAAUAUUCACCUUGUCCGCGUCAUGACGUACCUGGGUCGGUCGUCCCAUCAAGUCGGCGAGCCAGAGACCACGUGGCGCACGAUCUUCAACGACCUCUUGGCCAUCGACGGUCUCGAUGCCAUGACCUUGUGUCACGUCCGCAACGCGUACGCCCACGCACUGAACGGGGUCAAGUACUUUGUUGAGGCCCGUGCUCUCUCCUUAGAGACGUACGCCAUGGCGCUGACGGACCUCGGAGCUGUUCACAAGUCGACGAUAGCGACCAUGUCGACCCUCGGCUUGUCCAGCUACAAGCUCUUCGACUACGACCAAGCAAUAGAUUGGUUCCGCAAGUGCUUGGAAGCCCAGCUCUCGCUGCUCGGAUCGGACCACCCGAGCACGGUGUACACGCGCGACUACCUCGCAAUGAUCUGCUUCAAGCGCGGCCAGCUCGUCGAGGCCAAGACGCUGUUUGAGGAGACGAGCGAUGUGCAGGAGCGCAUGUAUGGCCCAUUGCACAACAGCACGAUGGUUGCAUCAUUCAACCUCGGUUUGACAUACCGCUUCCUUGGCGACUACGCAGCGGCCGAGGCGCUCUGGCUCCCCAUCUGGGACCGGUUCCAAAAGAGUCCACCAGCGCCAGGGCAGUACAUCCACUUGCUCUUUCUGCUUGCGCAGCUCUACUGGUCCAAGGGCGACUACGACCUCGGGAAGCAGUACAUGCUCGACACCUUGGCGUGGUGUCUCACGCAUUUGCCACCGGGCGACGCCGACACGAGCCAAGGGGCGUCGGCGUUCUACCGGUUCCUCCUCGACCCGACCUUUGCGGCGCACAACCCCGCAAGUGACGAGGCGUGGGCCAAGAUCGUCGCCUUCUUCGCCAAGAACGAGCUCGAGACGGAAGUGUGGCUCGACGAAACCUGCUUUGGCUGCAGCCAGCCGAUGCAAGGGCUUUGGUUCGAGUGUUCCACUUGUCCCGCCUUUGCCUACCAUUUUUGCGCCAACUGCCUUCGUCAAGGCAAGUCGACGACGUUCUGCGACCACGCCACCUGCAGCUUCAAGUGCUAUGUGCCACCACGCCGGUACCUUCUCGAGCAAGCGCUGGUCGCCAGUGUGACGGAUCAAGCGACAGCGACCUUGUGGCGCGACUACCAGACGUACUGCACUGCCAACAAGGUUCCGGGCGACGAGCAAGCGGCCUUUGCCAGCUACGAGCCGAUCGCAACGCGCACCUGGCACCCGAUGCUCUAGUCUAGCUUCCUAGUCCAUUUUUGUAGCCCAUAGCAAUUCACUUUUUUUGUAUUCGGUGUUGAUGUGGACAUUAUGUCUACCUCGA